AUGUUUUUGAACGGAGCAUAUGUUAACAUUGAAAAUAAUCAUAGAGAUACAGCACUCCAUCAUACAAUAAAAGAAAAACAGUUCAAUGCUGCUAAAUUACUGAUUUCCAGCCAAGGAAUUGAUGUUAACGUCACAGAUGAUGACGGAAUGACGCCAAUUUAUCUUGCGACUGAAAAAGGAUUUUUAGACAUUGUUCAAUAUCUUUUAUCAAACGGGGCCUGUACAGAUCUACCAUGUACUUCAAAUUGGAAAAAUGGCUAUACUUUUCUUCACUUGGCUGCUGAAAGUGGUAACAAAGAAAUAUUGUCAUUAUUAUUGUGUGACGGUGCAAAUGUGAAUAGUAAGGCUAUAAACAGUUUAACGCCACUUCAUCUUGCCGCUGAAAAAAAACAUUUACGAAUAGUUGAGCUCUUAUUGGACUACGGAGCUUUUAUUGAUUGCACAGAUACAUCAGCACUUAGAUAUGGUUCAACACCAUUGCAUUUUGCUGUUGAAAAUGGUUACGCAAAAAUUGUCGAAUUUCUUGUAAAGAAAGGCGCUAAUGUUAAUGUCAAGCCAAGGGGUAAUGAUACGCUUCUUUUUAUGGCAGCAAAAAUAGGGCAUUUAGCAAUUGUCCAAUAUUUUUUAAAACAUGGGGCUCAUAUCAAUGGAACUUGCGUUGAUGAAGGAAAAACUGGAUACACGCCACUACAUAUUGCCUGUAAGAAUAAUCAUAAAGAUGUUGUUGAACAGCUUCGGAGUGAAGGCGCUGAUUCAAAUCUCAUUGCCAAAGACAAUUUAACAAAUAAGCGAGAGGAAAUAGUUAAACUUUUAAUUAUUUACGGUGCAGAUGUAAAUGCUAAGGAUAGAAUAGGAAAACCAGUACUAUUUUAUGCCAUAGAAAAUUAUAAUUUGAAAAUUGUUAAAUUACUUGUGAAAAGUAGAAUAAAAAUUGAUAAUGUUGAUAAACAUAAUAGAACUGCGCUCCACGUGGCUUGUAAAAAUGUGCGUUCACCGAUUGUCAGACUGCUUUUACAAUUUAAUUUUGACGUUAAUAGAACUUGUAAAAAAAAUUAUACACCACUGGACUAUGCUACUUUAGCAAGAAAUUUUUUCCCACCUCAUAAUUUAGUUUGGAGAAGGUUGAAUGAAUUCCAAAAAAAGUGUCAAAAAGAAUUAGAAAAUAUGAAAAAUGAAAACAUUGGUAUUAUUCUUCCAAUGGAAGAAUACUACAGAAUGGAAGCCUUUCAAGGAAUCAAUAUAAUUAUUGAACGAGUUGAUCGAGGUAAUGAAAAAAUUGUAGAACUACUUUUAAAAAAUAAUGCUGAUCCAAGCCUUGAGACUCAUCAUUUUGAAACACCACUAAUAUGUGCUAUUACUAAAGAAAACUUACCAAUUAUCGAGCUUCUUCUGGCAUACGGUGCAAAUGUUAAUAGUAUUAAUUCAUAA